AUGGAGGAAACGGUAGUGUCAACGGUUUGUAAAACUCAAAAGCCUGAGGAAUGUCUCGCAAAUGAAGAAUUUAAGACAGGAAUUAACGAGAACUCAGGAUGUUUAACACCUUCUGGACCAUUCGAGGGGUGUGAGCCACCCCUCGGCGAGUGGGCAGGACUCCGAAAGCUCACAGGAACUAGGCCAACUGUUGGUAACUUCACCAUAUCCCGAUACAACCCCCAAGAAUCGCAGAAGAUUCACGAAAAAUGUUUAAACGAUUCAAAAUAUCGCGUUCGUGAAGCAAAGAAUCAGGAUUUCAAAACCAAACUCCGGGAGUCUCAAAUCUUCUCUCAAACAGAUAAAACCCAGCUGGAUAAUAAUAUUCUGUUAAGAACAAGAGCUGCAGCAAUUUUCCACUGGAAGACCGAACUGAAUUUUGUAAGCCAAGAGGUUGAAUCAGAGAUAUCAAAAAUUCAGGGGGAGCUCAGGAGAUUAUGGAGCUGUUCUCAAGCUGUUGACAUCAUCAGGAAUAUUGGCAAAGACAUUCAGAGGAUCAGGAAACCUACGGAACAACCUGAUCUUAUGAAAGACGCUCUAGCUGAAGAAAUCACAAAAGAAGUUAAAUUAUCCAAUGAUGUCCUAAAUUUGUAUAUUCGCUGCAUCGACGAAACGAAAAUGCAAUUGGUCGAAUUGAAAAGUGCGAAACAGAGACUUGAACACGACUGGUCUGACAAAUCAGUUGCUUAUGAUGUCGAUACGACGUGUAUUGGUCUUAAAAAUAAUUCUGAGAUAUUGCAAUGGAAGCCAGGAAGUGUCCAAGUACCACCAGAUCAAUCGACACCUGAUGGGCAUACAUCCUUCGUUAAACAAUCAAUAAUUUAUGCAAAAACAGCGAUUAGUCGAUCCGAAUUACUCCGAGCGAAUAUGAAAGAGAAUACAACGAAGUGUCUGAACGAUUUACGGAAACAGGCAGCUGCAGUGGAAAUAGCCCUCACUGAUCAGAUUGUUCACCUCACAGCGACUAUCAAAAGUCUCGAAACUGCGUUAAAAGAGUGCUUGAAGAGACUUUCGGACAACGAAAUUCUGAUAAAUACGACGAAUUCAGCUAUCAGAGGGCUCGAUGGGCCCAUGAAGUGUGCCCAGACCCGCCUGGGGAUGAGACUAACACGAGAAAAUAUUGAGAAUUGUAGAGACGCGACGCAGAAAGGACUCAUCGACGAAGCAAAAAACAUCGCAGAAGGUACGACCGCACUCUCAGGUCAAUUGGAAGCAGUCCAGGACUCUACAAAGUCACUAAUUGAUUUGAGAAAAAAAUUAGAAAAUGAUUUACUCGUUAAAAACAAGAAACUCUGGAUAGAUCGAGAACGAUGUAGAGUAAUGAGGAGUUACUACCCCUCAAUUCAUGCCCUAUCUGGGUAUUAAAUAUCUUCAACAAUUUUUUUAAUUAAAAUGGUGCAAAUUUAAUGAAAACGCCGGAGACAUUACAUGGGUAUAUAUUUACAUACAAAUCAGUUUUUAUUUAUUAAUGAAUGACACAUGAAAAUAAAUCUUAAAUUAUCCUACAACCUCACAACUAGGUCGUUACUUAUCAUUGAGAUGAUAACAUUAAUAAUUUUUUUAUAUACAAUAAGAUUAAUAAUCGAGGAAACCGAUGAUUAUCUUGAUAAGCAACAUUUGUGCUUCAUCUUCAAUUUCCAACAUAGUGCAGAGGAUGAAUUAACGCUUUCACCCUCCAAUAUUCCGAAAAUAAUUGAAAGAAAUAGUUGAAAAAACAAAUGAAGAUAAUAAUGAAGUUAACAUCUCGUUGAUGACGCGUAUGCGAAUAUAAAUUUAUACUUAUCGGCCAUAUCUUAAUAAUAGUUCCCCAGAAAAAUAUUUCUUUUGCAUUAGAAAUCAACAAUAUUAAGUAUCAAGUAUUCAACAUUCAACAUUUUUCAUUGCAUUUUUUUUUUGGAAGGUCAAGCUGGGUUUUCAAGAAACAUUGGCAAUUCCCAGUUAAAUUAUCAGCUAUCAACUUACUCCUGUAUUUUUUGUUUGCAUAAAAAAUCAGUUCAUUUAUAUAUAUUUUUUAUCACUGCUGCUACGUUCAGCCAGUGUGGAAAAGUGCAUUUUCGUUUACUUGUAAACAAAAAGUCAAAACUUGUAAACGAAAAAUGGUACAGUUCCCCCCUCGCUGAACAUAACAUCACUAACAAAAUUAUAGUUCGGAUACACGUGCGACGGACUUUUAACUCGUGUGACUUCUCACUCGUUAACACCCCGCCGCACUUAUAGCGAAAUAUAUUAUUUCUUGUUUCAUAUUUUUUGGAAAUAAAUGCUUUAUCAAAAGACUACGAUAAAUUCUACUGUAUCAAAAGAAGAGAUAACUACAGAGAGAAACAUCUCAGCGAUAAUUCAAUUUCUGUGUCAAAUUUUUUAAUCUAAUACACCCCGACAUUUUGACUUCCCAGUGGCCAGAAACUUUGAAUAUAGAAUUCCACUGUUUGAUGAAUAUUUUUCUGGAACUUGUUUCGCAUGAAUUGAUUUUAUAGAUAUUAACUCGUACAUUUGUUCAUGAUCUCAAUAUUUAACUUUAAUAUUAAUUCUAACAUUCUUUUCUUCGGAUAAUUUGAAUAGUAAUGUCUUUGUUAAUUAUUCUCCAUUGUCACUUCAACGUUCUCUAGGACUUCUCCUCUCUUAUUACGUUAUGUAUAAAUAUUUCAAUAUGUAGGAAAAGAAGAAAUCGUAAAUGUUUACAAUAUUUACAGAAGGAGAAUUACGACCAGAAUUUCAGCCUAAAAUUAAAUUCAAUGUUUAUCAUAGGAUCGGUAUAUGUCGACCAUUGAAAGGCAAAUAUUGCUGCUGAUUAUAGAAACUAAUAUGUUCGAUGAAUGAGAAAAGUGAAUGGCGUAUAAAAAUUUAUGAAGUUUGAACUAAAGUGAUUCUUAAUUAAGAAAUUAUUUAAUUUUGCUCUUAAUAGGAACUGCUCCUGCAUUCAUACAAGUGACACUCACCAGUGUUAUUCAUAUUUCUGCAGACAUUAUGAUUUAUAUGCUCUUCAAAAAUGAUUCAUCAUGAAGAUUAUUUAAUCAGUCAUUGUUUUUUUUAUGUGAAUAAUGGAGAGUAAUAAUUUAAAUGCAGUACUUUGACAAUAAAAUUGUUUUUCAUGCACUGAUGAGAUUAAAAUGCCACUUCUCAGACGCUCUAUUUAUAUACAAAAAUAUUGAAAUGAAUUUUUUUCAUUAAUUUCAAACGGAACCAAUUUCAAAUAAUUAAAUUUUUCGAAAAAUGUUUUGCACUCUUUCAGGCCGAAAAUGUCAAUUAUCGAUCGGUGAUGGCCGAUGAUGGGCAAGAACUCAAUUUCCAGCAUUAAUUCCAACAGUUCUCUCAGUUUUAAACGAAAACACAACUCAUAUCAUUCACUGAGGAUAACUUUCGCAAUUAAAUGCAAAAAAACGGACCUUUUGGCUUUAAAAAAAGGAUUGAUGAACUCAUUCAUGAAAUACUAUGGUCAGACACACUGUUUUCAAAAUUGAAAAACAUAAUAAUCACACUCACAUGUAUCCACCAGUUCUCUAUCGUUUAAACUAAUGAAAU